AAGAAGAAGAAGAAGAAACACCAUUUUGUCUGUUUGGCUCCUGUUUGACGUGUGGAACUGCGAUAGCAGGUGACCGUGUCCAGGAGAACAUGGUUUGGUUCCGAGCUGUGGGGAGAAUGUUCUGUUCGACGGCCCAGUCCGGAGCAGCUCCGGGCUCUGCCAGCCGCUGGGAGAAGAUGAAAACCAGUAAAGCAGGUGUGUGGUGUCGCAGUUUGCUCUCCGACUACAGAGAAGCGUGCAGGGAGACGGUGGUUGGUGCGUGGGAGCGGCCACUCAAGACCUCGUUAUAUGCAAGUCUGCUGGGCAGCGCCUGGAUCUGUUUCUACACAAAACCUGACCGCUCGUUGUUUGAGGCCGCCCUGCUGGAGCGCUCCAACCAGCUGGCUCUGCUGUCGCCGUGGGUACGCAACGCCACGUCCGACAGCCACGUGCAGAGUCUGAUGAAGCUUCGUAAUGAGGGCCGACUUCGCUGUGCCAGCCUGGGACUGCUGAGUGUGAUCUACAGAGCCGACUUUGACCCUGACGUCACACUGUAUGAAGCCCGGUGCUCCAACCUGUCCACUCCAUGGAGGGAACUCCCUCAACGGGUGCUCGACAUCGGCUUCGCUGGCCACUGGUGGAUUCUAGACUCCAAGAUGAAUGACUACGAUGUUAACGAGGAGGAAUUCAAGUUCCUGCCAGCAUACAUGCAGGCUACGUCACCUCCCAGUGUUCAGGAGGUGGGGAAGAACCAGAACUUGCACAAAGACUCCUGGUUACCGCUGACGAUGGAGGAGGAGAAAGCUCAUGCUGUAGAGAUGAAGAGGAGCUGACAAACACGCUUGAACUGUGAGGACGUCACUUUCCACAAAACUCUAGCCCCGUCCAGUUAAUCUCUCUUUCUCUCCCCCCUCUAUGAAAGGAGGGCGGUCAUGUAAGAGCCAGUGUGUUCAUUUGUCUUGAAUUUCAGCAAAGCAUCUCUGAACUCAAAGUAACUAUUGGGUGUGAUCACUAAUCAACUUCAGCCGGCAAAUGUGGCUAAACUUCAGUCAGAACUAAAGAAAUCAGGUUGACAUUUGAUGAUGUAGGUGAUUCCAACACACUGAGUGAGCACUAACAGAUCUCUCUACAUUUUCAGGGUUUGACCAGUUUCAACUAAGUGACUCCAACUCUCUCUCAGCGGGUGAUAUGCAUUGUUUAAGGAAUGCUACUAUGUUUUUUGUUCUGCUUUGUUGUCCGUUUACACUCUGUGAUGAACUUCUCCACGAAAAGAGAAACUUUAGUCGAAGUCGAAACAGAUCUUUAAAGCUCCUGUGACCUGCAUAUCCUACAAAUAAACAAGUGCAAGAAAACAUCUUAACAUUAAAACAUUUUGGCAUGAAACUCAGGAUUUUACAUUU